UGGACGCGUCGCGCUCACACACUGUCCCUGCCGCGGCGCCAACACUGCCCAGCCUCCCCGUCUCGGUCCCCGGCCCCUGCCCUGUCGCCCCGCAGCCAGAGCGGUGACCGCCCGCCCCGCCUUUCCUCCGUUGCCACCGCUGCCGGCACCAUGGGCAGUGAGCAGAGCUCCGAGGCCGAGAGCAGACCCAACGAUCUGAACUCCUCAGUGACCCCUUCUCCAGCUAAGCAUAGAGCCAAGAUGGAUGAUAUUGUGGUCGUAGCUCAGGGCUCCCAGGCGUCACGGAACGUCAGCAACGAUCCAGAUGUCAUCAAGUUGCAAGAGAUUCCAACCUUCCAGCCACUUUUGAAAGGGCUGUUGAGUGGUCAGACUUCCCCAACAAAUACCAAAUUGGAGAAAUUGGAUUCUCAGCAGGUGUUGCAGCUCUGCUUGCGAUACCAAGACCACCUGCAUCAGUGUGCGGAGGCUGUUGCUUUUGAUCAGAAUGCUUUGGUUAAACGAAUCAAAGAGAUGGAUCUGUUUGUAGAAACCCUCUUUAGCUUCAUGCAGGAGCGCCAGAAAAGAUAUGCCAAAUAUGCGGAGCAGAUCCAGAAGGUCAACGAGAUGUCUGCCAUCCUCCGCCGCAUACAGAUGGGCAUUGACCAGACUGUGCCCCUGAUGGAAAGGCUCAACAGCAUGCUGCCCGAGAGUGAGAGGCUGGAGCCCUUUAGCAUGAAACCAGACCGAGAGCUCAAGCUAUAGAGCUGCUUCUGCCAUCCUGCCAGGCUGCUGUUCUGUGGGACAAAGCCUGGCACCAUCACCACUACCUUGAGGAUAUUUGGAACCAAAGUCAUGAGAUAUGACCAGGAUUUGAAGCUGGUUGGAGGUUUUGGUACUCCCUGAAGUGGACGUGAAGCAGUCUGCUGGCCUGGAAAUCAGACUUUGUCCUACCAAUUUCCUUGAUGUAUUUUCCUUAUGUGAAAUGAACUAAGCUAAUUCUCACUGAUAACCGAAGUUGGAACAUUUGAAUCAUUAGGAAUUCUUUACGAACUCAGCACUGGGAAUUUUUUUUUUUUUUAAUUGAGAGCGUAUAAUCUAGUCUAGCUAGCUGAAAGAAAACAUGGACAGAAGGGGAGAAUUAUUUUAAGAAGCUCUGUGUAGCCUUGAUGCCUUCAUGAAAUUUUACUCACUAGCCUCUCCAGCUAUAGGUAAUAAACAUAAAGAACUAAUUUAACCUAGUAUGUGUGUUGUUACUAUUCCACCCUUGACUAGUUACAUCACAGCAGGUCUUUAUCCAGGGCACCCGCUUCCUGCCCUGAUGAAAAAUACGUUUGUGUGCCAGGUGAUGGUGUCCCUUGUAUGUUGUCAUCAGGAGACUGAAGACUUCUUUCCACUCCCUCAGCUGGUUCAUCUCCCAGGGUAACUGCAUUCCUCAAUGCAGACAUAGCUUUAGGUUUCUUCUUAUUACAUCAACACCGGCAGGACUCCAAUUUUUGUAGCAAGCUUUUAACCAGCAUUUGUUUUUUUGGUGGCGUAGUGGUUAAGUGCUGUGGCUGCUAAACAAAGGGUCGGCAUUUCGAAUCUGCCAGGUGCUCCCUGGAAACCCUAUGGGGCAGUUCUACUCUGUCCUAUAGGGUCGCUAUGAGUCAGAAUCGACGGCCCUGGGUUGGGAGUCUAGUAAAUGUGUGAUACAUUUAGGCUUUGACAGCUGACCAUAGAGAGAGAGCACUCAUUCAGCAGACAUGUAUUGUGCCAUUUGAUGUGCCAGGCAUUGUGCUGGAGAUACAAACAUAGCUGUAUAGCCCCCGCCUUCUUUUCUGAAGAGCAAACACUCAAAACGCUGCUGGAUUGCUGUGGGAGUUUAGGAAAUGAAGCAAUUUGAGUGACUACACAAGCACUCAGUGCAGUACUUUUCACAUCAUAGAUGCUCUAAAGGAAGAUUGGACUGGACGCCAAAAAAAAAAAAAUGGAAUGUAGGGAACUGAUCUAGGGAGGUGAAUUGAGACUGAGAGCUGGGAUGAAGGGAGGUUGCUGAGGCCAAGAUAUAUAGGCCGCUGCCUUGCUGCCUUUAUUCCUCCAAAACUCAGAUGUUUUGUAGACGUCAAAAGCAGCCUUCAGUGUGUUCAUAAGGUUAAAACUGAUCCCGUGUAAUUUAGCAUAUCUCGACUAAACUCUAUCUGAUUCCAACCUUGGAUUUUCAUCAGAUACUCUCGGAGGGUUCUUAGAAUAAAAUGUAUGACAUGCAAUAGCUGGAUGACAGAAGCAGCGUGAACAUUCCAAGCUAAAUGGAAAAUUUUUUUUAAAUUCAGAUAUAGAAAAAUUAGCAGCAGCUUACAGGACUUUGUAAAGACCAAAACAGUCAAGAUUGUUCAUUCCUUCUGAGCUAGAAAGACAAGUUGGACACCAGAGCCAAGGAAAGAGGCCCAAGGGAGCAUCUGCCCUUUUCAGAGGGUGACCUUCAGAGCCCAUCUCUGCCUUUUUCUGGGAAUUGAUCCCUUUCCUUUUAGGUUGCAGGAGGAAGGUGGGGGUAGAGAGAGUCAUCCAGCCUGAGGAGAUCCAGGUGGUCAGAGGGAGCCAGGGAAAGGUCAGAAGCAAUGAGGUGGGCUUGGGGAGCUGUGCCUUGAACCUAUAUUGGGCCACAUAGGUGAAAGAAGUCUUUAUAAUGCCUUCUGAUGGUCAAGAUUUUAUUGGGCUUUAAACCAUUUCUAGAGCAAUUCAUUAGAGAAUGUACAUCAAGAAAAAUGUCCUGUAACCUAGAAACCUAUUACAUAGCUGAGGUUGUUCUAGGAAAUGUCACGGGAGGGGAAGCUGUACCAUUUACUGAAUACAUCAUUCCCCUGCUAAUUUGCAAUACCCCUUCAAUCACUUGGAAACCCUGGUGGCGUAGUGGUUAAGUGCUACGGCUGCUAACCAAAGGGUCAGCAGCUUGAAUCCGCCAGGUGCUCCUUGGAAACUCUAUGGGGCAGUUCUACUCUGUCCUAUAGGGUCGCUAGGAGUUGGAAUCAGCUCAACGCCACUGGGUUUGGCUUGGUUUGGUUUGGUUUUUCAAUCACUUAAAUCAAUUAAAUUUCCAUGUAAUUGAGGAUCUAGUUCUGGAUCAUAUUCUAAUCCACUGAACGUUCUCUCCAUGCUAUUUCAUACUGCUUUUUAAAAAUAGCUUUUAGUAUUAUAAUCUCACAGUGCAUUUUAAUAUCUGAUAUGGCUAGAUUAGGUCCCCCUACCAUCAUUACUAUUUUUUUCCUUUUUUAUUUCAAACUGGCAAAAAACAUUGAAAGACUAAUACAAUGAAUAUUUGUAUUCCUUUAGGAAGUGGCAUUUUUAAGCAUCCCCAUCAUUGUCCUGUUUUGAGUUCCUGGAGUAUCAGGACCCAGCCCUGAACACAGGAACAUCUCAGUAGCCUUCAAAGAACAAAGGACUGAUUGUAGAACCAUAAAAAUAGCCCAGGACUCAGAUGCUAUUAUCUUCACUGCACUUAAUAUGGUUUACAAAUAAAACCACACAGUGGGCUGCAAACUAAGACUACAUGGGCUGGGCUUUCUCACUGGGUUUCAACAGUUAAUGGUCUGAGUAUGGUAGGAAAGUAGACCAAGCAUGGCAUUAAAAAAAUUCUCAGCCAGCUAGCUCUCCAUCCAACCCUUUUUCUUUGUGUAAAGAAUUUGGACAAAACAUGGUAUUAACUUAGAUUUGUGUCCUAAGUAGAUAGAAGCAGAGAAGUAAGAACAAUAGACAAAUUCAGUACUUUCAGAAAGAAUUCUAGUUAAUGUCUGUGAUGUGUGGAGGUUUUGCAAUAUGUCAGCUUGGCUAAGCUGAACUGUACUUCCCAGAAUUCCCUUCCCUGUUUGUUUCUGGUUAGGGAUGGCCACAAGAGAAAUUUGCAUGAGAUUUGGAAGUGGAAGUAAAGCAGUAACCAUGCUUAUUCACUGAAAGUCAUGUAGGUCAGACCCUCUUGCAUCACACAGGUUUUCACGCACCUGCUGCACCUUUGGCCUGGGCAGCAGCUGGGCCCACAGCUCCUACGGAUCUCUUCCUUCAGCUUCUCCAAAUCCCAGGCCAGUUACGGGUACUAGCUUCUCCUUCAGGUCAUCUAUGUGAGCAAGGAUGAAGGCUUAGACAUGAGGACAGGCCAAUAUGGGUUCUGGUGAAGAACAGAUGCAGGUACCAGCUUGUUGCCUACAGGUUCUGGUGUCCUUGCCCUCCCCUAUUGCAUAUCCACACUCCUUCCCAGCUGCCUGCACUGUGACUCAGGACUUCGAACUGGUUCAUUCUGGUACUGGUAUAUAAAAUCGCUUAAGGUCAAAUUCCUUUAAGCACUUAUUCUACAUCUUUCCUAGUGGUUCUGCUCUGAUGGAACCCUGCCUGGUAACAGUGUUACCAGUCCUUUCCCACGUCAAUAUUUUACGUCUUCCUGACAGAAUCUGAGUGAUUGGAUAUAUCAGGAGAGAGUUAUGCUGCAUCUCUUUGUUGGUUAGUACCAGAUGAACUAUAAGGGGUGUAAGGGGCAGACAAAGAGCCCUGGCUGGACAUUUCUACUCAUGAUCUUUGGUGAAUGCGAGGGCUGGUCUGGAUGGGCUCUCGAUCUCAUUCUGCGAUUCUGAUACUGGAUUCCUCAGCAACCACAAGGAGCAUCUUUACCUGUUGUCUCACAGCGGUGGCUCUAGGUCUUGGUUGUGACUUUAAAUUCUGAGCUCCUGAGAGAGCUUUGUUCUUUUUGUUUCUUAUAAAUUUCACAGGUGUCCAGUGGCUUCCGCCCCUGAAGAACCUGUUCUGUUUAUCAGCCUAUCAAUCUAUCAACCUAUAUUUAUGAACACUCAAAUAGAUCCCUAUCCUGCAUCCUGCAGUAUCCUUGUUUUACUAGCUGAAGUGGAAGGUUGCUAGAAGCUGGACUUCACCUCUUGUAUUAUGUGCAUAUAAAUUUACAAUAAAAAAUUGUGGGGGUUAAGAGCAAGAUAUAGAUUUCAUGAGUGCCUUUAUAAUUUAUAGAUUCCAUGUCUUGUUUCCCUCAAAGUUUUAUCUGUUGGUAACUUUUAUACAUAGUGUCUCUCCAGCUUCUCAGUUGAUAAACUCCUCAGAAUAUGAAAUUUUACUUUGAAGCUAGGUACCUACCCAGUGUUCACUGCACGAGCAAAUAUCUGAUGAAAUCUGUUUUGACAACUCCAUAUUCUGAGAUGGAAAACCAAAAGGGAAGAACACGCUCGGUGUUUCUCAAGCUGAAAGAACUGAAGAAAAAAUUCAAGUCUGGAGUUGGAAUAGUGAAGGAUUCUGUGGGGAAAAUACUAAACAACACAGGAAGCAUCAAAAGAAGUUGGAAGAAAUACACAGUCAUUAUACCAAAAAGAAUUAGUCAAUGUUCAACCAUUUCAAGAGGUAGCGUAUGAUCAGGAACCGAUGGUACUGAAGGAAGAAGUCCAAGCUGCUCUGAAAAAAAAAAAAAAAUGCUCUGAAGGCCUUGGCAAAACACAAGGCUCCAGGAAUUGGCGGAAUAUCAAUUGAGAUGUUUCAACAAAUGGAUGCAGCGCUGGAGGUGCUCACUCGUCUAUGCCAAGAAAUAUGGCAGACAGCUUCCUGGCCAACUGACUGGAAGAGAUCCAUAUUUAUGCCUAUGCUCAAGAAAGGCGAUCCAACCGAAUGUGGAAAUUAUAGAACAAUAUCAUCAAUAUCACACGGAAGCAAAAUUUUGCUGAAGAUCAUUCAAAAACGGCUGUGGCAGUAUAUCGACAAGGAACUUCCAGAAAUUCAGGCCAGAUUCAGAAGAAGACGUGGAACAAGGGAUACCAUUGCUGAUGUCAGAUGGAUCCUGGCUGAAGGCAGAGAAUACCAGAAGGAUGUUUACCUGUGUUUUAUUGACUAUGCAAAGGCAUUCAACUGUGUGGAUCAUAACAAAUUAUGGAUAACAUUGCAAAGAAUGGGAAUUCCAGAACACGUAAUUGUGCUCAUGAGGAACCUUUACAUAGAUCAAGAGGCAGUUGUUUGGACAGAACAAGGGGAUACUGGUUUGUUUAAAGUCAGGAAAGGCGUGCGUCAGGGUUGUAUUCUUUCACCAUACCUAUCCAGGCUGUAUGCUGAGCAAAUAAUACGAGAAGCUGGACUAUAUGAAGAAGAACGGGGCAUCAGGAUUGAAGAAAAACUCAUUAACAACCUGCGUUAUUGUAGAUGACACAACCUUGCUUGCUGAAAGUGAAGAGGACCUGAAGCACUUACUAAUGAAGAUCAAAGACCACAGCCUUCAGUAUGGAUUGCACCUCAACGUAAAGAAAACAGAAAUCCUCACGACUGGACCAAUGAGCAACAUCACGAUAAACGGAGAAAAGAUUGAAGUUGACAAGGAUUUCAUUUUACUUGAAUCCACAAUCAAUAGCCAUGGGAGCAGCAGUCAAGAAAUCAAAAGACGCAUUGCUUUGGGUAAAUCUGCUGCAAAGGACCUCUUUAAAGUGUGGAAGAGCAAAGAUGUCACCUUGAAGACUAAGGUGCACCUGACCCAAGUCGUGGUAUUUUCAGUCGCAUCGUAUGCAUGUGAAAGCUGGACAAUGAAUAAGGAAGACCCAAGAAGAAUUGACGCCUUUGAAUUGUGGUGGCAAAGAAUAUUGAAUAUACCAUGGACUGCCAAAAGAACGAACAAAUCUGUCUUAGAAGAAGUACAGCCAGAAUGCUCCUUAGAAGCAAGGAUGGUGAGACUGUGUCUUACAUACUUUGGACAUGUUGUGAGGAGGGAUCUGUUCCUGGAGAAGGACAUCAUACUUGGCAGAUUACAGGGUCAGCAGAAAAGAGGAAGACCCUCAAAGAGGUGGAUUGACACAGUGGCUGCAACAGUGAGCUCAAGCGUAACGAUUGUAAGGAUGGCACAGAGCCAGGCAGUGUUUCGUUCUGUUGUGCAUAGGGUCGCUAUGAGUCGGAACCCACUAGACGGCACCUAACAACAACAACAACAUAUUCUGAGAUGGAGCUCUGGUGGCGCAGUGGUUAAGAGCUCAGGCUGCUAAUCAAAAGGUCAGCCGUUUGAAUCCACUGGCUUCUCCUUGUAAACCCUGUAGAGCAGUUCUACUCUGUACUGUGGGGUUGCUAUGAGUCAGAAUCGAUGGCAACAGUUUUUUUUUUUUUUUUUUUAAUACUCUGACCUGAGAUACAGGAGUGCACUAAAGAAAUGAAUACCUUUUUUGGUGUAGUAAUUUCUGGGCAUUCUUUGCUUUUUCCUUAGACACAGGGUAACUUUGUUACCCGUACAUUAUAGGUGUUACAACCACAUUGUUUCCACUGACUAAUGGUCCUGGGGAGCUGAUAUGUGCCAUUUUUCUUUUGUGUUGAUUGGUAGAAUUUAUUUAGCUUUACCAUUUCCCCUAGUAAGGCUCAAGACAGAACCAAGAACCUUCAGAAAUGACAGCUGUGAGCAAACAUGUAUUAAAAUUCAAGUGUAAUUGGAAACUGUCUUUCUGAUUUGUUUUCACCUCAGCCGGACUCAAAUAUAUAGUACUCAGUAGUACUGUAUGUACAAAAUGUUGAUACCAAAGAUGGGGGUGGGAGAGUGAGAAGUGAGCAUUUUUUGUCCUGUGGACUUUCUAGGGUAAACUUUUCUUGAGAGAACGAUUUUGCUUCCCCUUCCCUCACCCUGACCUUCAUUCCUCUAAGGACUACAGAGGGCCCAGAGGAGGUAGCCGUGUUGUUCACAAACAGCCUCUGCUUUUGGAGGUAACCUCCAUGACCUUCAUAGCUCAGGCCUUGUCUGAACUUCCUGUCGGUUCGUGGUGCCAGUGUGGUGGCCCUGACCCCUGCUGGAUCAGGCUCCUUCCUGUGAUCAGAGAGCUUCUGUUAACUGUAGGUUUCAUUUUGCUUCUUGAAAUCUGUUUUUGUCCCAUUCCCAAGCUUUCAUGAUGCUCUGGUCCUGUCAGCUUGUCCCUGGGCUGGUAUAAAAUGCUGGUCUCAGUGCCUACCCAUCUCUGCACACCUCAGCUUGAAGUCUGUGGCAGUGCCAAGAUCUCUUGCUGGAUUUGAUGUGCUCUGAAGCCGUGCCAGAUGCUGUUUUAAGUUGGGUCAGAGAGAGAACCAGAGGUAUGGUAUUACUCAACACUCUUCAUUUAAACUAUUAUCUACUCAGCAAAGAGGUCCCUAGCUGUUUGGCCCAGACAACACUUCAAAUUGUGGUAUGCACUUACAUAGAAUAAAACUGAUUGUUUUAAAAUAUGCUAUAAUUAGACUGCCUGUCCCUAUUGGACCUAAUUAAGUUUCCCUGUUGUAUUAUUGUGUUUCUGAAGGAUAGUGUCAAGAUUUAUGAAAUGGUGUUUGGGAAAUGUUUGGAUGAAGAUGUGAUAGAAUCAUUCAAUGUUCAAGAAUGGAAAAUGCCCAGAUCUAGAGGAUGGCUUAUAUCAAGAUUAGUUCAUGGUGCGAAGAUAUUAAGUGUAGCUUCUAUCUUGUAAAAUUAUACUUUAUGGGGAUACAAGUGACUGUUCUAAUUUGGAAAGGAUGCCUGGUGGCAUGGACACUCCUGAGUAAAGGAGCUCCGCUUGGAUCCUGAAGUGUGAGACUCCAUUUUCCUCCAUUCCAUAGACAAACACACUCAGAGGAGGAAGUCCCUGCUCACCAGAUUAGAAAGACACAGCUGCAUCUGACAGAGGUGUAGGAACAGUAUAUACUCAAUGUAAGUUUCCUUUUCUUUAAACUAAAAUUCUUAUUUUUCCAGUGAGACUCAAAUAUCAAGAGCAUGAUCUUCACCCACAGAAAGGAGUGUGAGCAAGCUUGCAGCAAACAUGUCAUCCUAAUCACUGUUGCUGAGGAAGAGGGCUUGCUUUAUUCUUUAAGCCCAUCUCUUGACAAAUCUCCCUUUGCACACCUCUACUCCCUUGGAUCUGGGGGUCCAAGGUGAUGCCAAGGUCCACUCCUGGGAGGGAAUAGAAGAGUUGGCGUUAAGUCUGUGCGGAUGGGCGUCUCCAUGCACCGUCCUUACCUGUCUGCUCUUGAGUUGACGUAAGGCUCAACUGGGAUCCUAUAUGCUCGUAAGCACUAAAUCCAGGUAGUAGUAUUAAUGGCACAAUAGGACUGUUAUCAUUUAGUAGGGUGAAAGGCAGGUUUCCUUCUAUCCUGCCGAACAAUUUUGCUACUUGACCUUCAACAAAUGGAGCAAGUGUUGGUCCUAAUCAUACCGCCUUCGAUCCAAGAAGGCAAUAGUUUAUAGAGCGGAAGGCCAGCUACUGCCUGUAUCAAAAAGCUGAAAGGACAAAGCUACCUCCACGAAUGUGGAAUUCUCUGACAUCCGAAGACUGGUGACUGUAUCCUGUCCAUCCCAUAAUCUUUGGCACAUACAGCUCAGGAAAUCUUAAGCCUAAAAACUUAUUCUUGGCUUAUGCUUUGAUUAAACUUCUGCCAUCUUGCCUGUUAAGGCUUUACUCAGUAGUGAACUUUCCCUUAUGAUAUCCUCCAUGAUGGUGGAAAAAAGAGAAAAUGGGUAAUUGGUUUUAAGUCCCUUAGUUCUACCCAGGCAGUAUAAAAUUAAUUUAUAAUAAGUUCUUAGGCUUCUGACAACACAAGGCAGGUACUUUGCAUUCAGAUGUCAUGGUUACAGAGGGGAAUGGAAACCAGAUCACUGCGUCAUUCACAUGCUUCCAUCAAAACCUGAAAUGUGUAGAUUUAGUUGCUUACUAGAAUAACCAGUAUCCAGUGUGGUGUGUAGGUGUGCAUCCAUUGCUCUUAGGACUUUUUUCAGGGUCACCGUUGUCAAAAACCUGAUGGAAUUUACUGAUGACUCAAUUUUUCUUCAUCAAUCAAGGUCCCUUCUUACUGCUACUUAGUAAGACAUGACUUAUGCUAAAAGCUUUUGUGAACGGGGUACUUUUAAUCCAGUCUUUGAAACUGUGAUUAAUUCCCUGACCAGAAAGAACCAAGACCACAGUUGAACCAACCCUCUCCAAGUUAUCUUUGUUUGCCUGCAACGCUGCUUCUACAAGGUCACGUUCUGUGUUUGCUGUGGGACGUUCAGCUGAUCCUAGGGUUCUAGCUGAAACUAAAGGAGUGAAACUUCUGUUUUUACAUAAAUGCAACUUGAUGUCUAUGCAUAUAAACUGCAACAAUACGAUCAACUUGUGAACAUCUUUAAGACUGUGCUGUAGUUUUUCGGUUGGUUUCACAAUACUUUAAAGAUACAACCAAGUAUAAUUAUGCUGUUCAAGGAUGAAUGAGAUUCCAAAAGCUAGAAAUAGCUUACUUCCCUCUUCCACUUACAGAUAGAAAAGGGAAGGUGAUACUCAGAAAAAAGCACCUAGACAAAUUUUAAAACAUCCCGGCUUAGUGCCAUAAAAAAACAAAACCAGUAUUUAAAAUAACAGUGAAGGGUUUGAGGUAGAAAGUUUUUGGAUUUUUACUCCCAGCAUACAGGCCAUAUGCUUCACGUAUCUUUCUUUGGACAUCCAGGGUGCACUCCAAUUUUGCCUGACUUUCUUUCACAUCUCAAAAAUCCACACCUUCCCUUAUUUCCCUAGUCCAAGCCUUGGUCUGAUCUAGUCUUCUAAAGUCAGCCUACUCAGGCUGGUCUUUAAGGGCUCCAAAAUUUGUCUACUUUUAAGUAGCUAACUAUCUUGACCCCCAGGCCUUCCUGAAACCCACACUGUGCACCUCAUCCAAAGCCUCCCACUGAAACACAUCACCUGUUCUGUCCCACUCCCACCUCUGUUCUUCUGCAGGAUCCUUGCGCCAAGAUGGCUGUCUCCUAGUACUAGCUUGCCCAGUCCAAUCCUUCUUGCUUUUAAAUUUUCAUACAUCUAACUUCAAGUCAGAAGCCUUUCACAGCCAACUUAAAUGAAGUCAACUGUGAUACUCUUUAUAUUCAUUACUGCAUUUGCUUGCACUGAAGGUAAAUACUUCAUUCCUUUAAUACAUAAUUCUUUAUUAAUGAACUGAUGAAAUUAAGCUUCUCUGAGGUAAAGCCCACACGUAUCAACAUAAGUCAUCAUGUCCAGUGUCAUUUAUAAGCAGAGAGGUCAUUAGGAUGUACAUGGCAAGGAUGGUUAACUAUUCCUCCUUAGUUCUUCCUACCAGGAUUGCCAGGUCAUUUACAUAUUACAUUAGAGAGUGCGAGUGCAUAUCUGAUCUUUCUUUCUACCCUGUACUUACGUGCUCCGGGGUCAUAAAAUAUUUACGAAGUGCUUUAAAUUUCUACCCUGUAGCGGUCAUUCAGUAUAGAAUUUAAGAAUGAAGCUGACACUAAACUGUUGACUAAUGCUCCAGUGUUUCAUGUGAACGAGAUAGGGCACAUAUUUGAUGACACCACCACUUUAUUUUGGGCUAAAUCCUCAUUUACAUGAGACUAGGGGAACAGGUUCCACGACUGCCUCCUUUGGCAACUUGGACAUUACUGUUCCCAAGUUUCUAACUGCAAAGAGAGGUCCUUUCUCAUAUUUAUGUAUAAACAGGUACCAGUUUUGAUUUUAUUUCAUCAUAUUAACAUACAUGACACAUCAAAAUGAGAAAUGCACAAUUUACCAUUCAACAGCUUGCCUUACACCAAAAGAACACUAUUUUCAUCUUAAACAUUUAUACAGUCCUUCCACCUAACUUUACAAAUCUCCUACACUGUUUUCCAGCAUUUCUCACAUAGAAGUCUAGUUUUGCUCUUUAAAAUCACCAUCUGUAUCAUCCUAGUAGACUCCAGGGCUUCCCCUGUGAUUGCAUGCUGAGGAGGGCCAGCCACCAUGCUGCCCGCUGACACCCAAGCAGCAUCAAGGCUUGCCCCCGAGGCUGCCCCUUUGGCAGGGUAGUCUUGAUUCCAAGAAUUGAUUAUUUGACAUUAGCAAUCAAGAACUAAAGGUCGUAGUGUACGACUACAUCACAGUUAUAGGUAGGAAGGGGACCUUGGCCAAGAGAAACCCCAAAUGAUGAAAGGUAGAUUCCUGCUGAUAGAUCUCUUGUCGAAACCAAGUCCGCCAACCCUCCUGAAACAUAACAUUGGAGCUAUUGCUUUCAUUUCUUUAAAAAGUUUGACAGGUGUGACCAGACUCUGGAAGCAGUGAGCUGUUACACAUUUGGUGUGUUGUAUAAAUAACGCAUCAAAAAUGACUGUGUGAAACCAUGAGAAUGUCUGAUUACAUCAAAUAUUUAAAAUUUUAGCACAUGUAUAUAUAAAAACUAACUCAGAUGAUUUAACAGAAUUUUUUCAAUGUGUUAAAAAUGUACUCCCUGUGCAGUUUUCUACCUUCAUUUUAUGCCCAUAUCAUAGCACAUUAUUUGUGCGUAGCCAGUUAUGUCUGUGAAGCGCGUAAUUCUCAUGAUCAAGUUAGUCAGUUUUAAAUCAGGUCAUUCCAUGCUGGUUUUAGCCGUCACCACAGGAAACAUUAAGUCACAUCCUAGUCAAAGGACUGUCCAUUUCUCAAACAUCAAAAAACCUGAGAUAUGAGUCAGCAACUAGCUACACUUACAGUAAAGGAAAUAAUGACAACGACCACUCCCCCCCCCAAAAAAAAAAACAAA